AGCUCUUUUUCAGCCUGAAACAGAACGGAACCAUUUUUCCUCCUUAAAGUGCUGGAGUGGUUCAUGUUGGUGGAUUAUCUACUCGUCUGGAACUUAUCUUUUAAAAAGGAAGCUCCUGCUUACAGCAUUCCAGCUAUCAGCCUGCUGAAUAUUCAUUAUCCUUCCUUCACCUGUGCUGCAAGGCAUUAUGUUGAGCAUGAGAAUUCCAGACCUUAAAUUCCUCUAAUAGGUGCACAAGGCUCGUGCAUACUGAAAUUGUAGAUCUUCACCCAUAUCCAUUCUGCCUGUGACAUGCACCGCCGGGGAGUGCAGUGAUGCAUUCAUGAGGACGCUGAUGAGGACAGCUCUCUGAUUCCUGGGCAGGUGUCACACCUGCAGAUCACGAGGCCUCCCAGAGCUUAUGCCUUCAGGCUAACCUGAAACAGAUACUGCCACCAGUGCAUGGUCCUCUUAGUCAACCUUGCAGCUCCACGUGCUUCACGCUGCCCACAAUGCCAACCUUACCUGAAGACAAGGGACAAGCAAAAGAGGCCCAGCACAACAGCUCUCCUCCAGCCAAAGACACAACUGUUGAAGGGACAACAUGCAGCACACCUUCUAUUGUUCUUCCAGAGAAUGCUGUCACUCCAGAUGUAGAAAUUGAUAAAAAUCUGGUUAACAGGCCUCGGAGUCCUCAUAGGAGGCAUUCUAACCGUGCCACCAGGAAUUCAACAAGUUCACUGACUUCUGUUGACAAUAGUGGUCAUGUGAUUGAUCUGGUGAAUGAUCCACUACCAGAUGUCAAAAUAUCAGAGGAAGACAAAAAGAAGAACCUUGAAUUGUUAGAAGAAGCAAAGAAAGUGAGUGAGAGGUUCCUAACACGCAGAGGCAGGAAGUCAAGAAGCAGCCUCUCAGAAUCACCCACAGGGUCUGAUGCAUGCACAACCACUAGUAUUGAGUCAGUAUCUCCAGGGCAGAAUAACAGAAUUGUGAAAGAGGAUGACAGGCAAACUGCAGAGAAUGCUGCAAAAGGAUUAAUUGAUCGAAGGCAGAAUGAUCAAAGAAAGAUUUCUCAGGGAAGGUUGGUUCCUCGUUCUGCUGGCUUUGAAAACUCCAAAGAGAAGCUCUCAGACCAAAAGGAAAACUUUGAUCCAUGUAAACAUAUGGAUACUUUUCCUAAAUUCUCCCCUUCAGCUGGUGAUGGUGGCAGAAUGUCUCUCAAUACUUGUGUGAAUGUUUGUGAAAAUGAACUUGGAAAAUCAUUCCUCAAGAAAGGGAAAGAAAAUGAUGUUCCUUUAAGAACCCAUCUACCAGGACCAGGAAUAGGAAAUAUGGACUCAAAGCUAAAAAUUCCUGUUCCAGAAAUGAGGGACCAUAAAGUUCCAUGUAAACCAGAAUUUAAACUGUGUGGACUGCGUCCUCCUCUAUUACGGGCUGUGUCCUGGGAUAGCUUGGAGCCUGGACAGAAAGAGAAAACCCCUUUAAAAUUGCCAUCUGAGGAAGAUAAAAGCUUUCUUGGUAAUAAAUCCAGCAAUCAGUUAAAAGCAUUCAAAGACCUUCAAAUCCAAGUUCAACCAGUUCGAAUGCAGAAGCUGACAAAGCUCAGAGAGGAGCAUAUUUUGAUGAGAAAUCAAAAUUUAGUUGGACUUAAACUUCCUGAACUUAGUGAAGCAGCGGAACAGGAAAAAGGCCCUUCACCUCUGCCUUCCCCCACUGAAGAGGAAGAGACAAAGAGCAGCUCUGAUGUCAUGCCCAGCAUUCCUGAUGUAUUGCUGCGAAAGCUGAGAGUGCACAAAUCCCUUCCAGGAAGCUCCCCACCACUCACUGAAAAAGAAGUUGAGAAUGUGUUCGUACAACUCUCCUUGGCCUUUAGAAAUGAUAGUUAUACAUUGGAAUCUAGAAUUCAGCAGGCAGAGAGAGAGAGAAAUCUUACUGAAGAGAAUGCUGAGAAGGAACUGGAAAACUUUAAAGCAGCCAUUACGUCUUCAGCUCACCUGUGGCACCACUAUGAGCACAGGGAAGCCUACCAGAAGCUCCUGGAGGACAUUGUGGUGCUGCGGCGUUUGGCUGCCAGGCUCUCCAGCCGCGCCGAAAUGGUUGGAGCCGUUCGCCAGGAGAAGCGUAUGUCAAAGGCAACAGAAGUAAUGAUGCAGUAUGUGGAAAAUCUGAAAAGGACAUAUGAAAAGGAUCAUGCUGAACUAAUGGAGUUCAAGAAACUUGCCAAUCAGAAUUCUAGCAGAACCUAUGGUGCAUCUGAAGAUGGGGUUCCUCGUUCAUCUAGAUCCAUGUCUCUCACUGUUGGAAAGAAUAUGCCUCGAAGGAGAGUCAGUGUUGCAGUUGUUCCUAAAUUUAACUCCUUGAACAUUCCUGGUCAGUCACCAACAGCUUCACCUAUACCUUCAAUGCCAUCCCUGUCUGAAUCACCCAGUAAUGGAAGGAGCAACCUAACAUCUACUCCUGCUCUGCCAGCACUUCUAGAAAAUGGGAAGUCAAAUGGAGAACCUGACUGUGAAACCUCAACUUCUGUGCUGACACAGGGCGGGUUGGAAGAGAUCAGUCCUGAAACUAAAGCCAAGAUAGAAGAGGAAGCAUAUAACAAGGGAUAUCAGGAAGCCUUGAAGAAGGCUAAAGAACUUCAGGAACUGAAGGAAGAAGAUGAAGAGACACCCAAAGAAAGUCAUGAGGAACAUGAAGAAAGUGAAAAUGAAGAUGAGAUAAAAAAUCUGAAAAGCAGCAGACUUGAAGUCAUCGUUAAUUAUUUAUAUAUCCUGUACCCCAAACUGUGCAAACACUGGAAUGUGGUUUGGCUUGUGGUGGCUGCAAUAGUCAUUUUUGCUGUGGUGUUGGGAAUCUACCAUUCCUACAACUCCUGUGAUGAAAAGUCAGAGGCACCUGAAGGGAAGGCCAGCUGCUCUGCGGCCCAGCAGUAUUCCUGGUGGAACUCAGGAUUCCGACAGCAGCAACGCACGGAAUAACAGAGGGACAGCCACGCCCUUGUGGUCCCUGAGCGAGUUUGUGUAUUAGAGCACCGUGUUUAAAGGUAGUGCUUAGUCAUCCCUGUGGCUGUUCCACUGAUCCCUUAGGCAAGUGAGUUACUCUACACCACCAGGUUUGGGAUCCAUGGUGAGCAUUCCUUGCUAAGAUACCAAUCUGAUCCAUAAUCCUGUCUGUCCUCUUAUUGUAAAGGACUCAUAGAAAUAAAGUAGUGUUGAAUCAUGGUAAGGUUGUGGCAGUAAUCAGCAACCUGCAAGACAUUUAAAAGAAUGAUUUGCACAGGACAUUGACAUUUUGAAGACCAUCAUAAAACCCCCAUUUGCAGUUAAUUCUUUACUUUGCAUUUCCUGAAUUUACUGUUGAUUGUUGAAGUACUAAUUGCAUUUAAGUCCUUUGGGUUUUAAGAGGCUAAUUAAUUUCCUUAUUCGUUACUAUUCAGUAGAAAUAGAAGCACUUCCAUGGAAGAAUAUAAUUAUAUUCUAAGACCAAAUGCCUUGCUGCUAAAGUCAUUUUAUAAGAGGAAUUAUCUAUAUGAUUAUUUAAAUGGAAUGCUAAGUACGUGCAUAAAUGUUUUUUAUGAUAUGUUUUAAGAAUGGGACCACCACUUUUUUUAAAAUGAGGUACUCAACAGAACCUAAAAUGGGGUCUAGGUGGCACUGCUGAUAUCAUCCAAUAAGUCUGGAAACUUCUGCUAUAUAAAAGUUUCCAAAAAUGAAUGUAUGCCACUCAGUCAGUACUGGUUACAGCCAAAAGUGGUAACUGCCUGGAAGGAUCCAUGUGCUACCCAAGCCCAAAACACAGCAGUCUUGGACAUGGGAAGCAAUCUUCAAUUCUUGAUUGAAAAAGAAAACAAAUGUCUUCAAACCUCUGUAUGGAGGUGAUCACACCAAGUGGACUCUGCCCUCCUGCUAACACUGGAAUAGGCAUUCUUGGAGAUCUGCAGCAGGAGCAGAGCCCUGAGAGCAGCCAGAACCCAACCAGUGCCUGCAUGAAUCAGGCCAUGGUAGCAAUGAGGCCUUAGGAGAGAUCCCUGUGUGUCUUCAGUAGUUCAUUUUCAGAAUCUGAUGGCAAGACCAAAACUGAUCUGAUACACUUCCAAAGUCAAACUCAUCUUUUGCCCAGAUUUUUUGCCAGUUCUGCCUAUUUGGGAGUUGUGAGUUCUUACACAAGAAUAUGAAAGCCUGAAUUUUUUGGACAAGCUAUUUGAAAAUAGUGAAGGCAUUACCUGUACAAAACCCAGCACCUAGGGUUGAGACCAAAAUGUGUGUCAGUGGAGGUGUGCCAUUUGUACCUGCUGAGCACCACUUCUGAGGGAAGGUGAACCAUGUUUGUCUUUCCGUAGCUAUGGCCACAAUGGCAAAUCCAGUGUGACCCUCGAUUGCACUCCUGUCCCGCAUCCUCCUGGCAUUUUCUGGUUGAGAAAUGGGUCUGUUUUCCAUCAGAAGGAUAAGAGUGUUAUGAAGUACUGUAAUUUCAGUUCUGAUACAGUCAAUAUUGUCCUGUCUUCUUUUGGUGGAAACACUGAACUUUAAGCUAACUGUCAAAAUAGGUUUCUAACUCAGUCAGAAAUUUAGUUCACAUACCUGGCACUAAUAACAAAUAUCCUGCUGGUGAAUUUUUGUUGGCCAUAUGUUUCUUAGAAGAUAUUUAAAUGGGAAAAGAAAAAUUAAAAAAAAAAAAGCAGACCACUACCACAUUUUUUGGGGGUGGAGAAGGGAGUCUAUAAGCAAUUAGAAGGGUUUUUUUAUUU